AUGGCCUCUGCCGCAUCCCCGACCCCCGCAGGGUCAAGCAGUAAUAGUUACUACCACCCAGCAGCGGCUGCUGUCCUGACCCGGAAGUCCUCGUUACGAUCGUCCGGAUUGAGGAGGGCCCCGUCACGAUCUCAGCUCGAGCGCGCCGAGUCGAACCCGUUACCGUCCGCCCAUGGGUCCAAGUCGCAGUACGCGGUGAAUGACAGCUCCGACGAUGAGAUCCCCGUGCCUAUGAAGCUCAGCGCUCUCACCAAGGCGCUCCUCAACGACGAGGGCGCCGAGCCCGAGCGGGAACACGAUCGUGUCAGGACCCGAGCACGAGGCCACCGCCCCCCUUCGCCCGCGCACGCAGAGCCGGAGAAGCCGAUAAAGAGACGCAGCGUGUUGAGCUCGUCCACGUCGGUGGGCGAGGAGAGGAGACAACAUACCCGCGCCAGCAGCGCCCAGACAUCGUCGCGACCGACCUCGCCCGUGAAGAGCCAGCCUAGUAGGGAGAGCAGCCCCGUUAGGAAGCGAGUGGUUCGACUGAGCUCCACGUCCGGGACGAUCGCCACUGCUGCUACAGCUGCUCAAGCCAAACCCGCGAAGAGGAGGUCCACAUCGACGUCGCUCUCCCAUUCGCAGAGUAGGAAUCGCCCACCGAGCCGAGACAGCGUCGCGGAAGAUAUGGCCAAUGCUUCAGAGAUCAAGGAUAAGGACAUCAACACGCCCGCCCAGCAGGGACGUGUUGUCAGGAUCGCCAUGAGUUCGUCGGGGAGUAGGGUUCGCUCGUCCGGCUCGUCGGCGCUAUCCUCUUCGCGACACGCAGACUCGGCCUCGUUCCUCUCCCACGCCGGGCAGGCCGAUGAGGACGGCGCACCGGAAGCUCCUCAGACCAUGCCCCGAGACAAGGGGUCUUCGAAUCCAGGGAGUGCCUCUAGGAUGGGCUCAAACGGUGCCAGAAGUCGAAUCGACGAAAGUCAAGGUGUUCAGAGCGCGAUGCGUGUCAAGAGAGUAGGGAAAGUUCCCGGCAGCUUCCUCAGCGGGCCGGCGCGUCGAGGACGGAGAAGGCAGAGCGAGGAAGACGCCGAGAACGAGCGCGAGCCGUUACACUCUGGCCAGGACGCCGACGGUCAGCAACCUCGGGACCCCGCGGACUACGAACUGGGUGACAACCUCGCCUCGUCAUACUACGUACCGGAUCGUCUAGCCUCAGGCAGUCCCGUCAGUUCUAGGAGUUCUACGCGACCAUCGCAUCGGAGAGAACCAUCCACGGCCGUAGAUGACGCGCGGGUUCCACAAUCGCGGCAGGCGUCGCCCGACCACGACGAGAUUCCCAUCCCGCACUACCGAAUCCCUCCGCCGCGGCCGGAGAUGCCGGCGCGAAACGACCAGGAAAACGAAGCCCCACCGACCUUUAGGAGACCUAAACCGUCCACGAGCUCCCUUCUCGAGAGGGAAAUCCCCAAGGCACCGCCCCCCCGGCCCCUGGGCGCGGACGUAGGCGCGUUGCGGCCGACAUCACCUGAGCGGAAGGCGCUCGGCUCGCUGAACCAAAACACACCGCGUAGGGCGGCACCGCCACCGCCGCCCAAGAUGUCGAUCCUCGACGCGGCUACGUCGGCAGCGGGAGCGGCCACGGCGGGGAAGCGGCGGAACUAUAUGAAGGUUAACGGCAAAUGCUACACCCGACUCGACUCGCUCGGGCGAGGCGGCAGCGGCAAGGUGUACCGGGUGGCAGCGGACAACGGCAAGAUGUUCGCACUAAAGCGUGUCUCACUCGAGGGCGCCGACGAGAACACGGUUCGCGGCUACAAGGGCGAGAUCGACCUGCUCAAGAAGCUAAACAACGUCGAGCGGGUCAUCACCCUGUACGACUAUGAGAUGAACGAGGAGAAGCAAGUCCUCAGUCUGCUUAUGGAAAUGGGCGAGCUAGACCUUAACACCCUCCUACGGUUGCGGCUGUCGCCGGAGAACGCGCGGUUCGACCCAGUGUUCGUGCGGUACUACUGGCAGGAGAUGCUCGAGUGCCUGGCGGCGGUGCACGCGCACGACAUCGUGCACUCGGACCUGAAGCCGGCCAACUUCGUGCUCGUGCAGGGGCGGCUGAAGCUCAUCGACUUCGGCAUCGCGAACGCGAUCCAGACAGACGAGACGGUGAACGUGCACCGCGAGACGCAGAUCGGCACGCCCAACUACAUGAGCCCCGAGAGCCUGAUCGACUCGAACGCGGCGGACCCGCGCCACCACCGGAUCGGCGCGGGCGCAGGAAGCCUCGCGCGCCCGAAGCUCAUGAAGCUCGGCAAGCCGAGCGACAUCUGGAGCCUCGGAUGUAUCCUGUACCAGAUGGUGUACGGGACGCCGCCGUUCGGCCACAUCGCGAACCCGAUGGCGCGGUGCCACGCCAUCAUCAACUGGCAGUACGAGAUCGAGUUCCGGGACCGGGGCGCCGGCGGGCAGCCGGUGCCGCCGUCGCUGCUGCGCACGAUGCGGCGGUGCCUCAGCCGCGACCAGCACGCGCGGCCGACGUGCGCGGAGCUCCUCUCGCGCGCCGACCCGUUCCUGCACCCGGCCGAGGCGCCCGACGGGGGCCUCGGCCUCCCCGUAACCGAGGACCUGCUCGGGCGCAUCGUGCAGAGCGUCGUGGCGCGCUGCCGCGAGCGCAUGCCCACCGAGGCCGAGGCGCUCGGCGUCUGGCCCCAGGCCUACUGGGCCAGCAUCAUGAAGGCCGUCGGCCGUGAGGGGGUGGGCGGCGCAGCUCCGCCGUCGUCGCGGGCGGGUCCCACAGACGGCGCCGGAAGGUAG